AUGAUGAUGGAAGGAGCUAGCAAUGGAGGGAUGCUGUACCACGAGGUGCAGGAGUCGAAGCUGUGUGCGGUGCAUUGUGUGAACACCGUUUUGCAGGGUCCGUUCUUCUCGGAGUUCGAUUUGGCCGCGCUCGCCUCUGAUCUCGAUCGCAAGGAGCGCCAGGUCAUGCUGCCCGCACUCUCCUCUUCCGAUUUCGAAUCGCACAAUGUGUCGCUCGACGGUGAUUUCUCCCUCUGUCUUCUUUCUCGCACACGGAGAUGCCCUAAUCUCCAACAAAUCAUCCCCAAAUCCUUUUAUCCUCAAUUUUUAAUAAAACCCAAUUUCAAAAUGGGAACCCUGACACCAGAUUUGUCUUCACAUGCAUGCCCCGCCUACAUUGAGCACAUGUUGGCCUUGAAACACAUUUUGCGGUAUGUUCAAGGUACCUUACAGUAUGGUUUGCACCUCUAUCCGACCUAUAUUAAGAAACUUAUUUCUUACAAUGAUGCUAAUUUGGGAGGAUGUCCUGACACCAGACGCUCCACAUUUGGUUACUGUGUGUUUCUUGGUGACAACCUCAUCUCCUGGUCUUCGAAGCACCAAUAUAUUCUCUCUCGUUCUAGUAUAGAAGCUGAAUAUUGA